GGGCCAUACACCUUGGUAGGCGCACAGGUCACAUGACCAGCCUCUGUCAGCAAUAGCAGGAGUCUUUUGCAGAUACACAAAUAUUUUCUGGAUGCAAAGUCACCAGUGGGUGCACCUUGUGCUAGCCAGAGCACUCAGGUGUUCUUGUGCCACGAGGAGCCUCAGUUUGAGAAGCUUCACUCAGCAGAAGCAGCUGCAACAGAAAGAGCUAGGAUUCACGUCUAACUUCAACAUCGACCCUGUCACCACCAGAAACCCAUCCUUCAAGAAGAUUAAGAUUUGUUUUGGUCUCAAUGGGAAAUGACACAAUGAAAUUCAUGUAAAUAAUACAACUUAUGAAAUGACUAGAAUGUAACAGGAAAACACCGCAUACUCCCUCUUGCUAAAUAGACCAGAAGCCUGGAGAUGCCAGAAAUCCUCAAACGUAUUCUUCCCUACUGGCUGAUUCCAGCCAUGUUUGCUUUCAUAACCUUAUAUGGCCUGUAUUUGAUAUAGCGCCUUCUAGAGUCCUGGAACCCCUCAGGGCGCUUUACAACACAAUCAGUCAUUCACACAUUCACACACACAUUCACACACUGGUGGGGAUGAGCUACGAUGUAGCCACAACUGCCCUGUGGCGCACUGACAGAGGCGAGGCUGCCGAGCACUGGCGCCACCGGUCCCUCCGACCACCACCAGCAGGCAAGGUGGGUUAAGUGUCUUGCUCAAGAACACAAUGAUUCAAUUCAAUUCAAUUCAAGUUUAUUUAUAUAGCGCCAAAUCACGACAAGAGUCGUCUCAAGGCACUUCACAUAAUAAACAUUCCAAUUUAGGUCAGGUCAUUAAGCCAAUCAGAAAUAAUGUUUCCUAUAUAAGGAACCCAGCAAAUUGCAUCAAGUCACUGACUAGUGUCAGUGACUUUACAGCAAUCCUCAUACUAAGCAAGCAUGCAGCGACAGUGGAGAGGAAAACUCCCUUUUAACAGGAAGAAACCUCCAGAGAAUCCUGGCUCAGUAUAAGCAGCCAUCCUCCACGAUUCACUGGGGAUCGAGAAAACAGAGCACUCACACACACACACACACACACACACACACACACACACACACACACACACACACACACACACACACACACACACACACACACACACACACACACACACACACACACGCGACAGACUGAGCGGGGCUCAAACCUGCAACCUUCCGAUUACGGGGCGAGCACUUAACUCCUGUGCCACCGUCGCCUUAAUGCUGAUGACCACAUGAACACUAUUCCUCUGUGUAGUGGAUGCAGUUACAUCAUGAAGUUAGGGCUUGCGUGAUAAACUACCCACCCCUACAUGGAACUGAAAUUUCAGUUGUUUGUCUGUUCUCGUCUAACAGAGUAGCAAAGUUUUACCUUAUUUUGUUGAGUUUCAGCUACUUCCUGUCACCUUCAUCAGAGCUUUGGUGGUGUCGCAUCAGUUGUCCUUGUUCUGAGGGCCGUAGUCUUUCCAGUCGGCCGUGUUGGCAGCUGCGACCCGACGGCGGGCUUUCAUUGACUGGAAGACGGACAGAUCGUCGUUUUUGUGUUCGGUAGACUCUUCUGUCAGGGCGCCCCGGGGCAGCUGUGGCUACAUCGUAGCUCGUCAUCGCCAGCGUGUGAAUGGGUGAAUGACUGAUUGUGUUGUGAAGUGCCUUGGGGAGUUAUUGAACCCUAAGAAGGCGCUUUACAAUCACAGACCUCUUAUUUCCUCCAGAUUUGACUGCUGAAUGAGGUGAAUAAAGAAUCACUACUUUACUUUCAUUGGUUCUGUCCCUGUCUACCAUUCUGUCCUAGAGACUUCUCCGGUCCCCGUCGGUCCCGUGGACGCCCGUCUGGCCGAGCUGCAGCACUACAUAAAGAGAGAGAGUGAUGCUUUGCUUCUGGCCCAAGAUGUGGUUGAGCAGCUGGAGGGGAUCUCUGAGCUGGACCAGAAAGCGCUGGCUGAACCUUUUAAAGGACCCGGGCUGUUUCCUGACCAGUGUUCUGAAUGGCCUUGAAGGAAUUUCAACCAACAAGACAAAAUGUCUCUUUCCUCAUUCACUCCUUAUUUAAACCACCUGAUCCUCAGCAGGGUCUCAGGGAGCUGCUGUCCAACUCCAGCAGUAAUAGGAGACAGGCAGGGGACACCGUGGACAGGUCUGGAGUCCAUCACAGGGCUGCAUGUUGGAGCAGGAGUCCCCAUGCAUGCGUGGGUUUCCCCCGCAGAUCACCACAUGCCCUACAGGUUAACUACUGUUCCUCGCUGUGGAUAAAAGCGUGAAUAAACAUAAACAGGGACAUCGAAUAAGUCACUUACACCUCCAGUUCACCUGACAUGUUUGUAAGAAGAAACAUGCAUGCAUGGGGAGAACAUGUUGACUGGAUUUGAACCUGCAACCUUCUUGCUGCAAGGCAACAGAGCUACCAGCUGUGGGAGAGGGUUUGGAGGUGUAAAAUGAUUUUGCUGUGCCUGAAAACAAAAUUGGAUUAAUUUUUCCUUCAGAGGAGGAACAUCUGGGGCAGCAGUAGCUCAGGAGGUAGAGCGGUGUAGUGGAAUUAAAACACACUAACAACGACCAAUAAGAUGUGAUGAUUCCAUAUGAAUAUGAAAUAUCAACCUGAUUGAUCUUUGAAUGUUUAAUCAGAAGAUUCUAGGGUUCUUUGCUUCUUCAGGGACCACAAACACACUUCGUAUUAAUUCAGAGUCAGUAUGUAUUAGUGGUGUGCAUCUCUACCUGCCUCACGAUUCGAGCCAAUUCCAAUUAUCUGCCUAAAGAUUCGAUUUGAGUCUGAAAUGCAUCACGAUUCUUCACACAAAAAUUUUCAUUACUUAAUAAAAGCAGUAGAAUAGUUUUCAAUUUCUUUUUGAUUUCGAAAUCCCUGAAAAACAGAACAUUCAUCUAUUCACUAUAGUGAGCAAUAAUGUUUAAAGUGUGCUGCCUAUAAUUACUUAAAUAAUAUAAGAAAUAAUGUUUUCGGUAGAGCAGCUUUAAGAUAGAAUAUUACUGAACUUAAAAAUAGUAAACAAAUACUGUGUUAAGUGAUUCUUUCACAUCCAGGAUCCCAAAACCGAAAUUAGCCCAGACAUCCGAUUUAAAUGUAACGGGUACAUCUUUGAUUACUGGUAAUGUUGGCCCUGUAUCCCUGUCCGCCUUUUCUGUUUUAAAUUGGCGCUAGGGCAACACAGUGCGCAUGUCAUUGCAACUCUGCCCCCAGAAGUAAUUGUAAAACCUCAAAACUUUAUUGUCUUCGCAUAGACAUAGACCAGGGGUGCAGGUAAAUAUCUGCAGAAAACUGGUAGCUUGGAAAACUGAGCAAGACAUGUGGGCCGAAUGUAUUCUAUGUAAAUGAUCACAUACCACUGUCAUGUUUGACUUUUCUUCCUUAUCCCUUUUGUUCUUUUCUGGCUUUCAGACAGGUAACUGCUUCCUGUUCAGCGUUUUUUGUUUUAAAUGUUGCCGGCUGCAGCUGCAGGAUGAGCGCGUGUAUCGGGGGCAGGGUGGGGACGGGGGGUUGUUAAAGGCCAGUGUCCUGAGCUUACUCAGUUUUUUACGGCGUUUAUUUCAUAAACAGAAAUUGUCUGGGGCCCCUAACUAGCUCGAGACCCUAGGUAAUUGCUGACUUUUUCCUGUCCUGUUGCGACAGGCCUGCUAGUGACAGAUGGCUGCAGACAAUGGGGAAUUCACAGUGUUAGUUUUGUUAGAUCUUUCUGCAGCUUCUGACACUGUUGACCACAGCACUUUAACUAACAGACUUGGUGACUCGGUGGGGAUCUCUGGGACAGUUCUAGACUGGUGUUGAUCGUACCUUUCUAACAGAAGUUACAGAGUCUGUAGAAACCAAAUCGAGUCAGAUUCUACCAAUAUGUUCUGUGGGGUACCCCAAGGCUCUGUUUUGGGUCCACUGUCGUUUCUGUCUUGCAACAAAGUGGAUGGAGGCUGUAGGAGAGGCAGGAGAGACGAUACAUCCGAUGGUGUUAAACAGCACCUUGGGGUUCCCUUUGCUCUGGGACACCAGGUUGGGGAAAUAGGAAACCCUCGCAUCUCUGACUGCAGAGUUAGAGGUCAGAAGAUCCUUUAGGUGCAGCAGAUGGACGUGGAGAUUUUCUUCCACAAGCACUCAAUUUUUCUGCAUUGGCGCUUUAGGCUGCGAAGACUGUCAUUAAACCAGGGAGUAGGGUUCACUGCAGGAACUGAUCUGGUUCUGACAGGACAGAUAUUGUCCAGGAUGGAGAGGCAGUGCUCGUUAAACUGAGAAGUUAAGGAAUCUGGGUCAUUAUCAGAAGAACAGGGUGGAUCAAAAGCAGCAGAACAUUAGCUAACUGUGCUCUCAUUAAGAAAACGAGAACUAACCAUACGGCGAGCAGGAGGUGGGGACGCAGAAACUGGCAAGUUAAAGAAAAUGCAAUGGUGAUCUGAAAUAUAAACGUCCUCAGGACAAACACUGUCAGCAUUUAGACCCAGGGUAAAAACAAGGUCCGGAGUGUGUCCCCUGGUGUGUGCGGGGCCAAACAUGCUGGAUAAAGCCGAAGGACCUAGUACCUGUCAAAAACCUAGUAGCUGAGUUCUGUAAAAGUUGGUGUCGUGCAGCCGUGCCCGGACUCAGACCAGCAUCUUGUAUCUACAAAAGCAUUACAGUAGUCCAGUCAGGACAGCACAGACUUCAGAUGAGCUCUGGACAGCAAAGACUUGAUCCUGGAAGACAGUCGCAGAUUAAAAAAAGGACUUCACAGCCAUGUUUGCUUGUAUGUCAAGCUUAAGAGAAGAAUCAGUUUUUAUCCUCAGAUUACUGACUACUUUCUUUUCGUACAGGGAUAAUGAGACAAGGUCAACAUCAGCAGAACCAUCUCUUCUGCCGGGGCUGGGUAUUACAACUUCAGUUUUGCUCUCGUUUAAGUGCAGAAAAUCAGAAGCCAUCAAGCAUUUAAUGUCUUUCAAACAGUCAAGUAAUGGAGAAACAGAUUAAUCUUCCCUGCGUCGAAGGGGAAGAUAAAUCUGGCAGCCUAGGCUUUUUCAACAUAGCAUGAACAACAACCCUCUUCAACGAGGACGGAACCGCACCAGAAGUGAGACCGCCAUUUAUGAUUGCCAAAAGCAAAGGGCCUGUCACUGGGAAAGCUUCCCUAUAGAUUCUGGGUAAGAAAGUAAGCUAUUGUUGUAACCUUCCACCACUAAAAACUGCGGACACAAAUGAAACUUGGGUUCCAGAAUGAUGCAGCACAUUGUAAGGGACAGAGACAUACUAUGCAAAUCCAGGUACUGCACAAGUAUUGAACACACUGAGUAUUGCACUGAUGUUAUUGUGUACCAGGAUAAUGCCAGUACCAGUUAAACUUUACUCCCCAGUAUCAGAUUACAUCAAAGCAGAAAGAAAGCACUGUAUACAUGGCUGCAUACCAUAAACACUAACAACAUAUUAAAUACACAGCUACCAAUGCCUUUCAGAAAGUAUGAAAAGAAAUGAGAGACUGAAUGUCUGCAGGAAGACAAUUCCAGUCACAGAUCUCUCCUCUGAUUGGCUAACAGCAACACAACUCGACCACUGACUCUGUCUGCUCUGCAACUUUGAUGUUUUAUCUUCACAAAUAACACAAGUCCGGAGUUGCUAAUGCUAACAGUUAGCUUCUACUAGCAGAGACAUUCUCUGCUGUUUCCUGGACUAAACCAACAACAGCAUUCCCCGUCGUGAGUCAAGAUGGGUGAGUCCAUGAAUGUUAGUGACAGUGUGACGUGGAUCUGUCAGGAUUUUCUAUCCUAGAGUUUCUAUCAGAAGCUAAUGCAGGAGAUAGGUGUAAGAGGCUAUUUUCAUGUUCAGCCUGCAUGAAACACUCAGAGGGACCCGUUAAAGUCAGGAACUAUCAUUAAAAAUGUUUUCUUAGUGAACCACAUGAACCCACAGAAGUGACCAUCCAUCUUUCAGGCUCAGUUUCGAGUGCAGGAGUCCUCCCAGAAGCGGGAUCUUCUACAACUAUCCCUGGAAAAAUCCCAAACAGAAAACCAUCCGGAGCUUCCACGGGAGCCUGCAGAAGAACCACCAAAAUCCAGCUCCCCAUCCUCCUUCUCCAUCAGACCGGCGUAUCUAACUGGCAAACUUGAAGUCAGACUUAUGGGAUGUGAGGAUUUACUGAAACCUGCGGCGGACCUGAAGCCAGAAAAUCCUUGGACAUCUUCCCAGGACAGAUCAACCAUUCCUGCAGAGAUCAGUGCAGCACUGCGACUGGAUGGCAGAGUGGUGGGCUGGACGCGUUGGGCUGCUGUUGGCAGACUGAGCUGGGAUCAGAUGUUCUACAUCAAGCUGGAGCGGUCUCGAGAGCUGGAGGUUUGUAUCUUCUGGCGGGACCAGAGGGCGAUGUGUGCUGUCAAAUUCCUGCGCCUGGAGGAGAUGAUGAAAAACCCAAAUCAGAGCCAGGGCUUCAGGAUGGAGCCUCAGGGCCUCCUCUACAUUAAGCUUCAGUUCAUCAACUCUGUGGUGGAGAGACAACCGAAACUCAAACGCCAACGAUGCAUUUUCACUAAAGAGAGAGGUAAAAACUUCCUCAGAGCAGCUCAGAUGAACAUGAACUUUGCCACGUGGGGUCAUUUGAUCAUGAGCAUCCUCCCUAGAUACAGCUCCUUCACCACCUUCAGCUCACACCUUUCCAUGACCUCUGACCUGAUCACCAGCAGCACCCUGCACUUGGCUGAGAAGAAGCCUCAAAACACCACCUCACUACCAAGCAAAACUCCAGUAAUCAGAGACACCACCACCGAGGAGCCACCUCCCGCCAGCGUGGAUCCAAAUGAUGAAGCCCAUAACUUUAUAUCCACAGAGCAGGAAGCGUCUGAGCUCCCAGAGAAAUGGGAAUCCAGUAGCUGCUCAGAAGAGUGUGCAUAUCAGCCCAGACCCAAGAUGCUGAUGGACGAUUUCAGAUUGAUUUCAGUUCUGGGACGUGGGCACUUUGGAAAGGUGCUUCUGGCAGAGUUUAAGAAGACAGGAAGACUGUUUGCCAUUAAAGCCUUGAAGAAACGAGACAUUGUGACUCGUGGUGAAGUGGACAGCCUUAUGAGCGAGAAGAGGAUCUUUGAAAUGAUCAAUGCCUCCAGACAUCCAUUCCUGGUAAACCUGCAUGGAUGCUUCCAGACCAGCGACCACGUCUGCUUCGUGAUGGAGUAUCUGGCAGGCGGCGACCUGAUGAUCCACAUUCACAACGACGUGUUCUCCGAGGCUCAGACCAGGUUUUACUCCGCCUGCGUCCUGCUGGGUUUAGAGUUCCUGCAUCUGAAUAAAAUCAUCUACCGAGAUCUGAAGCUGGACAACCUGCUGAUGGAUGCUGAUGGAUUUGUAAAAAUAACAGACUUUGGACUUUGUAAAGAAGGAGUGGGUCACGGAGAUCAGACCUCCACUUUCUGUGGGACUCCUGAGUUUCUGGCCCCUGAGGUCCUGACAGACGAGAGCUACACUCGAGCCGUGGACUGGUGGGGGCUGGGCGUCCUCGUCUACGAGAUGCUUGUUGGAGAGUCUCCGUUCCCUGGUGAGGACGAAGAGGAGGUGUUUGACAGCAUCGUCAACAAUGAUGUUCAGUAUCCAACAUCUCUUCAUCCUGAUGCUGUCUCCAUCAUGCAGAAGCUGCUGAAGAAGAACCCGCUGAAACGUCUUGGAGCUGGAGAGAGAGACGCAAAAGAGGUUAAAGGAGAGAAAUUCUUUCAGCCCAUCGACUGGGAAGCCCUGACGACCAAGAAGCUAAAGCCGCCGUUCCUGCCGUCCAUCAAGGACUCCACAGAUGUGAGUAACUUUGACAGCGACUUCACUCAACUCCAGCCGGUGCUGUCGCCUCCCUCUAAGCCCUUCAGCCUCUCUGCAGAGCAGCAGGAAGCUUUUGCAGACUUUGACUUUUGUUUUUUUCAUGGGUGAAGAAGAACAGGAGGACCAAAGAGCAUCAGUGUGUUCAUGUUACCGUCUACCUCCACAGGUAAACUAUUUAUAAAUAUGCAUGAGUCAUCCUCCUGCUGCUAAGUGAGGUGGCUCAGUGUAGAUCAAUACCAUUGGCCCUCCUCAACCCUCACUUUGAACUAACUUCUUGUUACCGAGUGUUUGACCUGAUUAAAAGAAGCAGAAAGUAGCAUCGAUCAACUUUAUCAACCAACUCUGACCUGUUGAAGAAAGUCUUCCGUCCUCCAAAAUACAACUGAUGAGACGUGUCUGCUGCUAAAUCAUUUACAAGCUGGACAAUGUGCUUAGUCAUCAGCCAGUUAACGCUGAUUAAAUGUCCACACGCCAUUUUUAACAGGGCAGAGGACAUGGUUACACACAUUUACCCUCUGUGGGCCGAUGUCACACACACACACACACACACACACACACACACACACACACACACACACACACA